CGUGGAUGUGUUUUCUGUCCUUGAGAGAAGCGGUCUGAGAAGACCCAGUGUGCAGAAGCCAUGGGUUUGUCUGCAUCCUCCCCGGCUGCUGCGGCUCAGGCACCAAGUGCAUCCAAGCAGCAUCACACGGCAUCGCUGCCUUCAGAAUGUCCAAUGCAUCAGGAAAAGAUGAGUGGGUGUCCAAUGCACAUGAAGACUCCUGAUCAUAGAACUGAGAACACAGAAGAUGUUCCUGCACAUCAAGAAAGAGCAUAUGAAUACGUAGCGUGUCCAGUGACUGGUGCAUCUCAGAUGAACGAUGACAUAGAUCCUAGCAAUAUGAUGCCUCCUCCUAAUCAGCAGCCAUCCCCAGGUCAACCCUUUCCAUUGUCAACUGUUAGAGAAGAGUCUUCCAUUCCUAGAGCACAUUCUGACAAGAAAUGGGUCUACCCUUCAGAGCAAAUGUUCUGGAAUGCUAUGCUAAGAAAAGGGUGGAGGUGGAAAGAUGAUGACAUAACAGGUGAAGACAUGACCAACAUUAUUAAGAUUCACAACCAAAAUAAUGAGCAAGCCUGGAAGGAGAUUCUGAAAUGGGAAGCUCUCCAUGCUAUGGAAUGUCCAUGUGGACCAUCGCUGAUGCGGUUUGGAGGCAAAGCAAAGGAGUAUUCACCAAGAGCCAGAAUACGUUCAUGGAUGGGAUAUGAACUUCCCUUCGACAGGCAUGAUUGGAUUGUUGACCGAUGUGGAAAGGAAGUACGAUACGUUAUUGAUUACUAUGAUGGUGGAGCAGUAGACAAGAACUACCAGUUCACUAUCCUGGAUGUUCGCCCUGCCUUUGACUCCCUCUCAGCUGUAUGGGACAGAAUGAAGGUAGCUUGGUGGCGGUGGACUUCCUAACUACGCCUGUGGUGUGUAAUCAAAAUGUGAACCACUCUCCUAGACUAAGGAUGAGUGAAUACUAGGACUUGAUAUAGAAGUUCAAUGCAACUGUUGAUGUUUUUGUCAUCACCACUGUUCUUUGUGUGGUGGGAAGGGAGGGUGGGGAAAUGCGUUGUUUUGAAAGAAUAAAUUGAUAGUAGCAAAAACUUGUAUCUUAAUUUUCUUAAGAGCUGGGGAAGGUAUUCUUACUUUGUCACAGGUGCUCAGAAAGCUUGCCUUCAUUUCCUGACUCCAGUGCUUCACCACAUCCAUUAACUACCUGAGCCUGACUGGAGUUCUGAGUAUUACAUAGUGAAAACUGUAAAUUUCAAAACCAGUUUAACAUAGUUCAGUACUUGGAUACUGAGAUGACGAAUAAAGGGACUGUU